UACCAUUCGGUAUUUAUCUUGUGCCUCCUCAUCAGCUACAAAGCUAGCUUGACGUUUUUGGAGCUUCUUUCUUCUCACUUUGAGAAUCGACAUGGUGGGAGAAGAUCAAGAAGUGCAGCUUCAAAUCAUCAGUCAGGAAGCCAAAGAAGAAAACUUGCUAGACUCUACAAAUGGAAACAACCAGUCAAACUCUCAGCACAGAAGUUAUGUUUGGUGGCUGCAAUUGGCUACCUACACAUUCUUUCUCCUUGCAGGACAAUCAGCGGCUAUGGUCUUGGGAAGACUGUAUUUUGACAAAGGUGGAAAGAGCAAAUGGAUGGCAACAUUUGCGCAAGGUGCAGGUUUCCCAGUGCUCAUCCCCUGCUACUAUUUUGCACACAAAACUGCUGAUAUUGCAGAAGAUUUCCAUAGAACUCCACCAUCAACUUUGGUCCUUUUAUCGAUUUUUCUCGUAAUUGGUAUACUUCAAGCAGCAGUAAGUAUGUUGUAUUCACUAGGAUUAUUAUAUCUUCCAGUGUCUACCUAUUCCUUGAUCUGUGCGUCGCAACUGGCCUUCAAUGCCUUCUUCUCCUUCUUGCUUAAUGCACAAAAGUUCACUCCUUUCAUUAUCAAUUCUCUAGUCCUUCUCGCCAUCUCUUCCAUACUCCUCGUGUUUCAAUCUGAAUCCACGGACUCUACUGAAGUCUCUAAGAGAAAGUAUGCAAUCGGGUUUUUAUGCACUGUUGCAGCAUCAGCUGGGUAUGGAUUGAUACUUUCACUAACACAACUCGCCUUUCAGAAGGUUCUGAAACAUGAAAACUUGAAGGCGGUUUUGGAUAUGAUUGUGUAUCCUUCACUGGUUGCGACUUGUGCAGCUCUGGUGGGACUUUUUGCUAGCGGCGAAUGGAAGGGUUUAGAGGGAGAGAUGGAGGGUUUUGAGCUGGGAAAACUGCCUUACCUCAUGACACUAAUUUGGACAGCUAUAGGGUGGCAGAUUUUCAACAUUGGGUGUGUAGCAAUAAUUUCUGAGGUUUCGUCACUCUUCUCCAAUGUCAUUAGUACUUUAGGUUUGCCUAUCGUUCCGGUUCUAGCAGUGUUCAUCUUCCACGACAAGCUUGAUGGAUUGAAGGCGAUGUCUAUGGUGUUGGCAAUAUGGGGCUUUGUUUCUUAUAUCUAUCAGCACUAUCUUGAUGAUUUGGGGUCCAAGAAAGAUGAAAAAAAAGUCAAUGAAGUUCCCAAUAACUCUCCUUCCAGGACAUCCACAAAUGAAUAGGAAGGACUCGUAUGAAUUAAUGUAAGACUUAUUCUAUGAAUGAAUAAUUCACUAGAUAACAAGUAGAUGCCCCAAACAAAAAAUUCGAUUACUGCACAUCCAAGACAGAAUGGAUGGUAUGAAGGCAAUUUCCAUG